AUGUUUUCAAGAUUACUUUACGGAAACAACCAACAAGACGCAUCCAUUUCCUCUAAAAAUUCACCUCCACCAUCUUCCUCUGAAUCUUCAACAAACUUAAUGUUUCCAACAAAUAAUAGAACUAUUUACGACCCUGCGAAAUUUUCAGUUCCAAAAAGGUAUCAAAUUACUCAAAUGUUAGGUAAAGGAUCCUACGGUAUAGUUUGUUCCGCCAAGGAUACAUUAAAUUCUUCAAGUAAUUAUUCCAUUGCCAUUAAAAAGAUAAUCAACAUAUAUUCAAGAGAAAUAUUAUUGAAAAGGGCAAUCAGAGAAUUGAAAUUUAUGAUCUUCUUAAAAGGUCAUAAAAAUAUUAUUAGUUUAAUCGAUUUGGAAAUUAUUAAUGAUAAUUUACAAUAUGAUGGCUUGUAUUGUUAUCAAGAAUUAAUUGAUCAUGAUUUAACUAAAGUAAUUCAUUCAUCAGCUAUAUUGACCGAUUUCCAUAUUAAAUAUUUCAUUUAUCAAAUCAUUUGUGGAAUUAAAUAUAUCCAUAGUGCAGAUAUCAUUCAUAGAGAUUUGAAACCGGGAAAUAUAUUGGUCACUUGGUAUGGGAAUUUGAAAAUUUGUGAUUUUGGUUUAGCAAGAGGUAUUAAUCCCAAAUUUAGAAGAAAUCAAGAAAGUAAUAAUAUUCAAAGACAACCACUAACAAACUCUCAAACUCAAUCUCAAUCAACUUUCAAACCAUCUAAUAAUAACGCUGAUAAUGAUAUUACUAAUUAUGUAGCGACAAGAUGGUAUAGAGCCCCAGAGUUAUUACUUUCAAGAAAAGAAUAUACAAAGGCUAUAGAUAUGUGGGCUAUUGGAUGUAUCUUAGCAGAACUAUACGGUAGAACACCUAUAUUUAGGGGUAUAAACCAACAACAUCAAAUUUAUGAAAUAAUCAAAGUAUUGGGACCACCAUCGAAUAAAACAUUAAUAAAAUUCGAUUCCCUUACAUCAUGGCAACUGUUUAAUGGGAGUGGGAAAACAAUGAAAAAACCAACCAAAUUUAAUUCUAAGAUCGAUUGGAAAUUAAAAUAUUCAAACAUUACAACAGACGCAAUUUCAUUCUUGGAAACUUUGUUAACAUGGGAUCCUGAUGAUAGAUUUAACGCAGAAGAGGCAAUCAAUCAUUCGUUCUUAAUGGAUGUAAGGAAACCACACGAUGAACCUGAUUGCCCUCAUGGUCCAUUUGAUUAUUCGUAUGAAUAUGAAUUAAAUUCAAUGAAUGCCUUAAGAGAAUAUUUACAAAAAGAAGUGUGGAAUUUUAGAAAAGAGAGAUCUUUACAGCCUUGA